AAUAAUGGACCCUUAAUUCUUAAUUGAUAAUUUAAACGAUAUCUUACUGAGUGAUUUCUAUACAUAUAUUGAAGUCUUAGGUCGAGGAAGUUUUGGAAUUGUUGUUGCAGCUUCAAGUUAAUAGUUAGAUAAAGUUGUGGCUAUCAAAGUAUUGAGUCAUAAAACACUAGAUUACUCCAUACUUUGAAUAAGAGAAUGAGUCAUCCCUAUUAUAAGAAUGUUCUCAUCCAAAUAUUGUAAAAUUGUACAAGGUGAGAAUAAUUCCUUAUCUUAUUUAAGGUUCUUGUUGCUCAUAAUUUUAUCUAUCUAAUAAUGGAAAAACUGACUGGAACAACACUAGAUGUGAUUUUGAAAGAGCAAACACUAGAUGAAUUCUAAGUAAGGAACAUUAUGCUGCAAGUAUUAAAUGCUUUAGCCUUUCUACAUCGUAAAGGAAUAAUACAUAGAGAUCUAAAACCAGGUAUUUUUGCAUAUAAUAAAAAAUAAGAGAACAUUUUUAUCUCAAAUGGGAAUCAUGUUAAAUUGAUUGACUUAGGAUUAGGAUAUUAGAUAGUUUGCAGAGGUAUAAUAGGUUAAUAAGUGGGAACUCCAUAUUAUAUUGCACCUGAAUUGAUUUAUGGUUGUGAAUAAACGCAAGUAUUUAUUGAAAAUAAAAUAAGGCUUUGGAUAUCUUUUCUUUGGGUAUUAUAUUUUAUCAGAUGUUAUGCAACAAUAAGCAUCCAAUUUGGAUUGAUGGAUAGACUAAGAAAGAGUAUUACAAAACUCUUUCUAGUGAAUUUCGAAUAAAUUAUCCUAUUACACUUUCAGAGUAUUUAAGAUUUAAUAAUAUUUAUAAGAAUGGCUUAGGAUUUUCUUAAAAACACUUUGACUCAUAGUCCAAUGGAUAGAAUGUCAGCUGAAUAAUGUUUGGAGCAUCCAUGGUUAUUGGGUGUGGAGAGAAAGUCUCAUCCAAUAACAAACAAAGAAAUUAUAUAAAGAUAUAAUUUUAUUUAAAAAUUUCAACUUGUAUAUAAAUGAGUUAAAUAUUAUUAGAUAGUUAAGGCAUUAUAGAUGACAAAGAUAUUCAAAUAAAAAUGUCAUGAACAAAUGUAUUAUAUGAAGUCUUAAAAUUCUGAUGAAAUAAAUGAGAUCUUUUUUGAUGAUGAUGUUCCAAAAACAUAAAGAAUUUAUACAGAUACACAUAUUAAUUUAAGACAUUAGAAGACUUAUUACAAACCUUAGAGUUUAAAAACUAUAAAAGUUCCGAAAGUGACAUCUUCAUAAGAUUUGGUGUCUACAAAAAAUAAAUUGGUGAAUUCUAAUAGAUGUUAUAGUAUUAAUAAUUAUAUGAUUCUAGAUUAUCCACUUAGAUAUAAAACUUAAUUAGAUAUUUAAUUACCAAAAGUUAGUAGUUAGAAAAGAAUUCAUUUAUAAUUACCUUCAAUCUCUCCUUAUUAAACUAGACAAUCUAGCUUUGUUUUUAGACAGUCAUGA